UCUGGGCAUAAUGGCAUGUGCCUGUAAUCCCAGCUGCUCAGGAGGCUGAGGUGGGAUGGUUGCUUGAGCAUGAUAGAUUGAGGUUGCAAUAAGCUGUGAUCACACUACUGCACUCCAGCCUGGGCAAAUAGAGUGAGACCCUAUUUCCAAAUAAAAUAAAUAUAAAGAGAUAUAAAGACUUUUUUUCCCUGUUGAGUUUUGGACUUACUUGGACAAUGUUGGGUUGGAACAGGGAAGAGAACAUGUCAGACUCUGAGUGUAGCCGGCAGGUGGACCCGAUGGCUUUUUCACAUCCUUGUGUGAAAGAAAAGAGUCAGGAAAGUCUCUAAGAUUUGAUGUUGUAAGAGCUGGAGGAAUAGGAGUGUCAUUUGCUGAGAUGGAUAAAACCAUACCUGGAAUGGGAGAGGACAGGGAAGGAUAUGAUCAACCUCUUAGCUUUGGACAAAGUAUGUUUGAGAUGUCUGUUCGAUAUCCAGGUGGAGAAGUCAGGCAGGUGAGGAUGCAGGAGAGAAAACCAGGCUGGAUACACACAUGUGUGGGCCAUUGGCAAGCCACAUGGUAUCCAAGCUAUGACAUUUGAUGAGGUAAUGUACAGAGUGAGUGUGGAUAAAGAUGAGGAGGAAUCAGCCAAAGAGAAGGAAAAAGCAAGAGGAAAACCAGACAAAAGUGGUAUGCUGGAACCAAGCAAAGCAAAGAAUUAAAAGAGCGUUCAUCAAGCCCAUGUGAGCUCCAUUUCUCUCUCUUUGGUUGAAGCAAUAAUUUUCUGUCAGUCCUGGGCAUAAAUCUGCUUCAUGCCCCUUGGGUUGAAAGUGCAAGUCCAGUUGGCCUCAAAUGCGCUAAUUUUGUAAUGUCCAUAAACUUGGCUAGGAGGACUGCUGUUACUCUUUGAAAGACUCCAAAGUCAUCCACUGUCAAUGAUUAGCUGUGCUGUCUUUCCAAGAGUGCAGGGAUUGUGAAGUUGUUUUCUUGAGUUACCGUGCUCUCUUCCAAGGCUGUAGGAAUUCUGGAGCUGCUGGCUGGAGAGGAGGGUGGUCCAAGCUGUCCCCAGAAAGACCUCCAGAGAGGACUUGGCAGGUCUGAACAUGCAUUGGCUGCGAAAAGUUCAGGGACUUUGCACCCUGUGGGGUACUCAGAUGUCCAGCCGCACUCUCCACAUUAAUACUAGGCAACUGGUAUCCGUGCAGUGGGGCCACCAGGAAGUGCCGGCCAAGUUUAACUUUGCUAGUGAUGUGUUGGAUCACUGGGCUGACAUGGAGAAGGCUGGCAAGCGACCCCCGAGCCCAGCCCUGUGGUGGGUGAAUGGGAAGGGGAAGGAAUUGAUAUGGAAUUUCAGAGAAUUGAAUGAAAUCAGCCAACAGGCAGCCAACGUCCUCUCGGAAGCCUGUGGCUUGCAGCGUGGGGACCGUGUGGCAGUGGUGCUGCCCCGAGUGCCUGAGUGGUGGCUGCUGAUCUUGGGCUGCAUUCGAGCAGGUCUCGUCUUUAUGCCUGGAACCAUCCAGAUGAAAUCCACCGACAUACUGUAUAGGUUGCAGAUGUCUAAGGCCAAGGCUAUCAUUGCUGGGGAUGAAGUCAUCCAAGAAGUGGACACAGUGGCAUCUAAAUGCCCUUCUCUGAGAAUUAAGUUACUGGUGUCUGAGAAAAGCUGGGAUGGGUGGCUGAACUUCAAGAAACUAUUAAACGAGGCAUCCACCACUCAUCGAUGUGUGGAGACUGGAAGCCAUGAAACAGUUGCCAUCUACUUCACUAGUGGGACCAGUGGGCUUCCCAAGAUGGCAGAACAUUCCCACUCAAGCCUGGGUCUCAAGGCCAAGAUGGAUGCUGGUUGGACAGGCCUGCAAGGCUCUGAUAUAAUGUGGACCAUAGCAGACACAGGUUGGAUACUGAACAUUAUAACCUCACUUUUGGAAACUUGGACAGUAGGAGCAUGCACAUUUGUUCAUCUCUUGCCAACGUUUGACCCACUGAUUAUUCUAAAGACGCUCUCCAGCUACCCAAUCAAGAGCAUGAUUGGUGCCCCCCUUGUUUACCGGAUGUUGCUACAGCAGGAUCUUUCCAGUUACAAGUUCCCCCAUCUACAGAACUGCCUCAGUGGAGGGGAUUCCCUUCUUCCAGAAAUUCUGGAGAACUGGAGGGCCCAGACUGGACUGGACAUCCGAGAAUUCUAUGGCCAGACAGAAACGGGAUUAACUUGCGUAGUUUCCAAGACGAUGAAAAUCAAACCAGGAUACAUGGGAAUAGCUGCUCCCCAUUAUGAUGUACAGGUCAUAGAUGAUAAGGGCAACGUCCUGCCCCCCGGCACAGAAGGAGACAUUGGCGUCAGGGUCAAACCCAUCAAGCCUAUAGGCAUCUUCUCUGGCUAUGUGGACAAUCCCGAGAAGACAGCAGCCAACAUUCGAGGGGACUUUUGGCUCCUUGGAGACCGGGGAAUCAAAGAUAAAGAUGGAUAUUUCCAGUUUAUGGGACGGGCAGAUGAUAUCAUUAACUCCAGCGGGUACCGGAUUGGACCCUCAGAGGUAGAGAACGCGCUGAUGGAGCACCCUGCUGUGGUUGAGACGGCUGUGAUCAGCAGCCCAGACCCCGUCCGAGGAGAGGUGGUGAAAGCAUUUGUGGUCCUGGCCUCGCAGUUCCUGUCCCAUGACCCAGAACAGCUCACCAAGGAGCUGCAGCAGCAUGUGAAGUCAGUGACAGCCCCAUACAAGUACCCAAGAAAGAUAGAGUUUGUCUUGAACCUGCCCAAGACUUCCACAGGGAAAAUUCAACGAACCAAGCUUCGAGACAAGGAGUGGAAGAUGUCUGGGAAAGCCCGUGCGCAGUAAUACAUCUAGGAGGCAUUCAUUUGGAUUCCCCUCUUCUUUCUCUUUCUUUUCCCUUUGGGCCCUUGGCCUUGCUGUGAAGAUAUGAUAUUCUUUAUGAAAGAACAUGAAUGUAAUUUUUGUCUUGCCUUGGUUUUUAACACAAAACAUUACCAUGUUAGAUGUUGAAAGAAGAAACGGAAGGAAUGAGAGAGAGUGAAAAGGAGAGGGUAACAGAAAAAGAGGAAAGAAAAGUAAGUCAGGGAAAUAUUAAAGCUGCCAGGGAAAGCAAUUGAAAAAAAAAUAAAGUAUGGAGGAAGGGAGAGAGGAAGCAAGGGAAGGAGGAAGAAAGGAAAGAGAAGAUGGAAGGGGGAGAAAAGAUAGAAGAAAAAUAAUUGGAGGGAGAAUCAGAAAAAUAAAGAGAAGAAAGGAAAGAAAUAGAGAGAAAGAAGAAAGCAAAAGAACACAAGAAAGAGAGGGAGAAAGGAAGAGGAAAAAAAUUUAAAAAAUAAAAAUAGUAAAAGAAACUGAUAAAGAAAAGUAAUGAAAGACAGGAAGAAUGGAAGAGAGGGAAGAAAAGAGGAAAACAUAAAUACUCCCACAGAUAGACAAAGUCAAGCAUAAAACUGGAGCUUGAGAAGGAAAUGAAAGGCUGUGGCACCUUCUUUUACCCUAGGAGAAGACCUCCAUACAGGAAGACUUGUGUGUGGGGUUGGGACAUUAGAAUCAUCCCCAAGUCACCCCAAACCUUGGAACUCUCAGGGUCAGAGGGGAACCACCAUUUAUUAAGCAUUUGGUAUAUGCCAGGCACUGACCCAGAUGCAUGAUAAAUACCACAUUGUUUCACCUCUGUAUGGCAUCUACAGACCUCAGAUCAUAGCUGUGAGAACAACGUAAGCACUGCCAAAGUUAUCAGCUACCCAUACCUUGUUUUUGGUGUUAUCUACUCUUCCUAGACUCAAAUAUUAAAUAGUUUUAAAACCAA